ACCGGUGCUGGUGACGGUAAUCAGUGUUGAUUCAACUUGAAACAAAACGACCGCAAAGGCUAAAACGACGAUUCCGCGGCUGGAUAUAGCGAAGAAGGGACCGAUGGAUGUAUUGGGAUAUUGGAUCUCAUUCAUUGCCUCAACCCGGCUUCCACUUGUUUGUACGAAGAACGCAGUUACGCUGAGGCACCGAAGGAUACAUAGUACAGUGCACUUCACGUGACAAUUAGUAUAUGAUAAUGGCUCCACGGAGUCCGCUCAGGUCCGCUCACUCAAGUCUCGAAUCAACCAGCGUGAGGGAAUAUCAGGGAACAUCGGUUCAGAAUAGCAGACCUUCUACCGGGCUGAUGUUCUCAUGUACUACAAAUUCUCCCCAGAUCCAUAUCCUCAGUGAAUGACAUCCUCCGAGCACUGUCUUCCAGACCUCUAUGAGGCUGGUAUUGUGGAGCUGCAAGCAGCCCUCGAUGCAGGGAGAUUCACAAGCGUUGAUCUAGUAACCGCUUAUCUUGCUCGUAUUGAAGAAGUCAAUCUUCAUGGCGCGGAAUUGAGAGCUGUUUUGCAGGUCAGCCCUGUUGCGUUAGACGCAGCGGCGAUAUUAGAUGAAGAAAGGCAACGUAGCGGAAAGCGUGGUGUGCUGCAUGGUAUUCCAGUGCUAUUGAAGGACAAUAUGGCAACAUUACCAUCUGAAGGCCUGGGCACGACUGCUGGGUCUCAUGCCCUGUAUAACUCGAUAGUCCCAGACGAUGCAGGUGUGGUGAAGCGUCUUCGAAAUGCUGGGGCCAUCAUUCUUGGCAAAGCCAACAUGUCCGAAUUUGCCCACUUUCGCGGUCCAGUUCCCAGUGGCUGGUCAGGUUUAGGCGGCCAAUGUAAAAGCGCGUAUCAUCCCAAAGGUUCACCUGGUGGAUCUUCAUCCGGUUCUGGUGUCGCGGCUUCUGUGGGACUAGUUACAGUGACUCUUGGGACAGAAACGGACGGGAGUAUUACAUCGCCUUCUGCAAAUAAUAAUGUCGUUGGAAUUAAGCCAACCGUCGGGCUCACGUCUAGGGCCGGAGUACUUCCCAUCGCAGCCGCUCAAGAUACUGUCGGUCCAAUGACUCGAACAGUGCAAGACGCUGCCAUUGUACUUUCCGUCAUAGCCGGCGAAGAUCCAAACGACCGACGUACUCUCUCUCAACCUCAUCCUGUGCCGGAUUACUCCAAAGCCCUCGACGUUAAUGCCCUCCGCGGCAAACGGAUCGGCGUUCCUCGCUCCAGUAUACCCUCAGAUACUAUUGACGUCCAAUCCAUACUCUCCGCCUUUGACGAAUCUCUCCGUAUCAUGGAAUCCCUUGGUGCUACAAUCGUCGACCCAGCGAACUUACCUUCCGCAGAGGAAAUCAAAGGCUUGAACCGUCUGCAAGUGCUCCACGUCGAUUUCAAAAUCGAACUUAAUGAGUACCUAGCUGCGUUGAAGGAAGUCCCUACUGGUGUUCGUACGCUCGCAGAUUUGAUUCAGUUCAAUAUCGACCAUGCUGAGUUGGAGCUUCCGGAAGGCUAUUCAAACCAGGGGAUAUUGAUUGACAGUGAGGCAACGAAUGGGCGUGACGAGGCUUACGGGAAAGCACUUGCAAGGAACUUGGAGCUGGGUGCUACGAGGGGAAUUGAUGCAGCGUUGAAGGAAUAUAAACUUGACGCAUUGGUGUUGCCAGCCAGAGACACAACAACCCCCGCUGCCAUUGCAGGGUAUCCAACUGUUACAGUUCCUUUAGGCUUCUUCCCCGAAGAUGAACCAAUCAAGUACGAUGGAAAUAUCGCGUAUCCUGCUCCGGGUAUGCCAUUCGGCUUAUCUUUCAUUGGAACGGCGUUCGAUGAGUAUGCACUUAUUGGGAUGGCGUAUGCUUUUGAGCAAAAGACAAAAUUUAGGACGAGUCGUAGAGCGAUUGCAGAAGCCAUACCGAAGACUCAGUUGAAGGAGAGUUAGUCGACAUCGCGCUAUUGUCUGUUAUUUCCUUGAGAAACAAGUUAAUUUAUGAUUAUUGAGCUUGCCCCA